CGCGCCCCCUUACCCGAGGGCGUCUCCAUUUUGGCUGUGGCUGGAAGCAGCCGGAGCGAGUGGAUUAUCGGUGCGGAGUCAUCAGUUCCCGGAGGGCCGGUCGGCUCACCGCACUUCCUCACUCCCUUCCUCUGCCCGCAGAAGCCGGGGGCACGCAUGGCGGGCUUGGAGGUUCUGUUCGCGUCGGCGGCGCCGGCGAUCACCUGUGCGCAGGACGCGCUGGUCUGCUUCCUGCACUGGGAGUUGGUGACGCGCGGCUACUACAGCGUGGGUGCCGGCGAGCAGCCGGUUCCCAGUGAUAAGAAAUCAGAACUGCUGCCUGUCGGAUGGAACAACAAUAAAGACCUGUACGUCCUCCGGUAUGAGUCGAAGGAGGGGUCCAGAAAGCUCCUUAUGAAGGCUGUCACUGUGGAGAAGAGCAUGAUCAUCAAUGUGCUGGAAUAUGGCUCACAGCAAGUGUCAGAUUUGACCCUCAACUUGGAUGAUUAUAUCGAUUCUGAAAACCUGCUUGACUUCCACAGGACCUACAGGAACAGUGAGGAACUUCGGUCUCGUAUUGCAUCUGAAAUCAUCACACCUCUCCACGAGCCUUGGGACAAGGCUAGUGUAAGCAGUCCCCAUCGGGAGUUUCCGCCUGCCACUGCCAGAGAGGUGGACCCACUCCGGAUUCACCCACAGCACCCACACAUUAGCCGGCCUCCUUCCUGGUGUGAUCCCCUGGGCCCAUUUGCUGUCGGGGGAGAGGACCUAGACCCCUUUGGGUAUCGGAGAGGUGGCAUGAUCGUGGAUCCUCUGAGAUCUGGCUACCCAAGAGUACCUAUUGACCCAUCCUCGGGCCUCCCAAACCGGCUUCCUCCAGGCGCUGUGCCCCCAGGAGCGCGCUUUGACCCCUUUGGACCCAUUGGGACCAGCCCAGCUGGCCCGAGGCCUGACAGAUGUGGUCAGUGAUGAACCUUAUGCUGGAGUGGAGAGAGCACCAUAGAGCACCAGGCUCAGACGCAAGACAUCAAAGCACUAGUCACUUUGGCUCCACAACUAGCAUUUCAGCCAUGUUUGGGUCCUUUCACUUCUCAGCUCCUUGGGUUCCUUCCCCUAAAUUAGGACAUAUUAUUUCUCUGUGGGCAGGGGCUACCAGAGCCUUUCUGAGGUAUCUGCUAAUGUGCUAUAGCCUGAGACUCCCUGUUUGCCCUGCCGGAGAGUGGGUUAGGGGUAAAAUAAAUUGGCGCAUAGGCCCAAGGCCCAAGGUCAACCUAAGAUGUGGAGGCUGGGCCAGGGUGGAGAGGCUAGCAUGAGUGGGCUCUCUGGGCAUUUCUGGCAGACCCCAUCUCUAGCACUGACCUAGUAAAAGACCAGCUUGGUCCUUUAGAACACGUGUGCUCUGGAGAAGGGCCCAAGGUCAGGCAGAGCUGCAAAUGUAGUCAUCAAUCCUAGUUUGCUUCCCCAGGGGCCAGCAAAGAUGGAAUGUUUUUGUUUUGCAAUUGGCUCAUACCUGCUACCAGAACGACAUAGGCAAUUUACUCAUAAAAGCAUCCUUUACUCUAAAAGGAGGCUUAAAGGAACAUCUGAGCAGAGACCAUCUGACAAGCAGGGAAGGGGGGUAGAUCACUUUUUGGACCCUGACUCAAAGAAAAGACAAGAUCAAAACAGUAAAUUUGCCACUUAGUUUUACUAGUAGCAAAGGUCGAAAGGAUAGUCCAAUACAUAACUCUGUUUUCUGAAAACAGAAACUUAGUGAUUCAUCUGAAGAAUCAGCCAUUUUUGUGUGUGGGUCUCCUUGCAUCAAGGACAUUGAGUAACACAGAUGAUGUCUUAGUUCCAUAGGGGCUUUUAGGAACUUCUAGGUCAAGCUGUCUGUGCUUGUAGUCGGGCCACAUCCUUGCUUCCAGCCAUAAGUAAUUGCCAAGCAGCAAAUGGGAAUGGUUCGGGUUUGUUUUUUGGAACCUUAAGGUUGGAGCCUUAAUAAAUAUCAGUACUUAAUAACCUAGUUCUCUUUUUUAAAUAACUUUGUAUAUAAUUCACAUACUUAACGAAGUUCACCCUUCUGAAAGUGUGCAUUUAAGUGGUUUUUAGUGUAUCCGCAUUAUGUACACCCAUCACUAUACCUAAUUCCUGAACAUUUUCACCACUCCAAAAAAAACUACCCCAUACCCACUAACAGCCACUCUCCAUUCACUCCUUUCCAGCCCCAGGCAACCACUAGUCUAUUUUCUGUCUCUAAAGAUUUGACUAUUCUGAAUAGUUCUCAUAAGUGGAAUCAUAUAAUAUGUGGCCUUUUGCACCUGGCUUCUUUCAGUUAAUGUUUUUAAGGUUCAUCCAUGUUGUAGCAUCUAUCAGUGCAUCAUUCCUUUUUAUGGCUGAAUAAUAUUCUGUUGGAUUAAUAUACCACAUUUUCUUUAUCCAUUAUCAGUUGAUGGACAUUUGGAUUUUUUUUACUUUUUGGCAGUUAUGAAUACUGUUGCUGUGAACAUUUGUGUACAAGUUUUUGUGUGGUGAUAUGUUCUUAAUUCUCUUGGAUAUAAACCGAGGAAUGGAAUUGCUGUAUCAUAUAACUUGAUACUUAACUUUUUGAGGAACUGCCAGACUGUUUUCCAACGUGGCUGUGCCAUUUUACAUUCCCAACAGCAGGAUAUGAGGAUUCCAGUUUCCCUACAUCCUUGCCAAUACUUGUUAGUCUUCUUGUGUAUAGCCCUCGUAGUUGGUGUGAAGUGGUAUCUCAUUGUGGUUUUGUCCUCUAUUUAAAAAAAAAAAAUUUGCCCUGGUCAGUUUUCUCAGUGGUUAGACCAAAGAUCAUGGGUUCAAUUCCCAGUCAAGGGCACGUGUACCUCAGUUGCAGACUCAAUCCCUGCCCCCAGUCGGGGUACAAAUGGGAAGCAACCAAUUGAUGUGUCUCUCUGACAUUGUUGUUUCUCUCUCCCCACCCCACCCCCUCCCUCCCCUCUACACCUUCUUAAAAAAAAAAAUCAAUGGAAAAAAGAUCCUUUGGUGAGGAUGAAAAUUUUUUAAAAAAGAAUUUUGACCUAGGCUAAAUAAGGCAGAGACCAGAGCCAGUCCCCCUUAGGGAGCAGACCAUGGCUUUGGUAAUGACCACUUUGGGAUGGCCAUGGCUGGUGAGCCACAGAAGAAUUGGUUUGAAUUUUGGGGAAGGUUCUGGGCUGGAUGUGAAUUGGACAGGUGCUGUCCACAGGUAAGUUCCCUGACCUUUCUAGGUCUAGUGACACUCAUGGCCUCACUUUCACUUGGUUUGAACUUUGUUUAUCUGGUGGCUUACAAGUGAAAUAAAGGUCUUAUUCCAAA